CAUUUUACUUCCGUUUUAUUUUCCAUCUUUCUUCAACGCUUUGUGUAUUGCAAAAUCCCAAAGAAGGAACAUUACAAUGGACGAAUCGUGGGGUUUGAAUAAUGCAGACUUGAUGCAGCAGAUAGGAACUUUGAUGUGGGCAGUAAAUGACGACAAAGCACCCAAAAUGGUAGAAAAUAUGGCAGCAAUGAGAGUUGGCUAUGAAGUGUACCAGAGGCUGAGUGGCCAAAGAGAUGUGGAUGCAUUACGCAAUCAAACCAUAAUGGCCAUCGCCAAAUAUGUCAAAGACCACCCAAAGGCAUCAAAAGAAGAACUACUAAAAGAAAUAUCAAAACAGAUUGCGUUGUUUGUCAAGAAACUGGAAGAAAUAUAGUGAAAUCAUUGGCGACAUUUGGAUUGUGUAUCUCUUGUGUUUCAAUCUGAAAGGUUUUUUUCAGACUGUGGUCAGACAAAAGACCAAAUUAAGUAUUUAAAAAAUGUAGAAGUGUCUUUAAAAGUGACACAAACUUUAGAGAGAUUUCUAGUGUACAAGAAGAAACCCAGUUAUUUCAAUUGAUGUACAUCAGGUGUUUUUUUUUACGGAGAAGUGACAUUGUUUAAUACUUAACCAUCAGAUUUGUAAAGACAAAAUACACAAUUUAUAGGAUAUAAAAGAGAAUAAUGACAUUGUAGUCCUGUAUUUGUUUAUGUAGAAUGUGUUGUUAUUUAGUAAUUUUAUUAUCAUGUUUUUUAUUAUUUCAUGAACAACCACAAAUAAAAUGUUCAUAAUUACAAAAAAAUA